AUGGCAUAUAGAUUACUCUACGUCAACAAUUUCUGCAUUACUACACACCAGUACGACCGUUUCUUCGAAGUUCGACAGACCAAAUCUUCUCUGCAAUGCUUGUCAGUUCCUGUAACUAGCGGUGAUCAAGAGAGUGAAUCGCACAAUUCGUCAGAGGAAGCUCAUUUGUCUCCAAGGGGCCAUCAGCAAUGUCCGGGCACACCUACAGAGACCUACGGCGUGCUGUUGAGGGACUGCCUUGAGAAACCUUCGAGACAAACGUUCGUAGGCAUCGGUGAUUCUCCCCAGAUUGCGAAGCUUCAGAUUGGAGUGGUUUCUCGUGUGUGGCUUCAGAACUUGUUGGCUGGACUUCAACGACUAACAAAUGCGGAUGCUGUGCCCAAGUCUGGUGCAACAUGCACAGUCACAUGUGGCAACUCUUCUCCCCUGAAUCCUAUUAGUGGAACAGACCGACCGGGUUUCACUCGCGAACAUAGAGCCACUGGCACCACUAAGACGCGAAGGAGUGCGUCGUCUCGAAGAGCUUCCCCGAUGUCACGCGAACGUUUCGUGCCUUCAUGCAACACCAGUCAAUUGAAUUCCAAGUUUCCCAUCUUUGUCCCUGUUGACUACAAAUCCGCCCAUGGAGUUACACGACCUUUCAGACUACGACCUGAAAGUAACUCUGGUAUCAGGAGCUCCAAGCAAUUAUCGCAUAAGGUCGGUCACAUUCCAAUUGCUAGAUCUACAUGUGAUCGAGGUUCCCGACCGUACAGCAAUUGAAUCAGCGAUUUCUUUGUGGAGACCAGCUUGGAUACUCGAUGGGUCAACAAAACUUCCUCCUAUUCUCCACCCUUUUCCGCUACCAACUCUUUAAUUGUUAUAUUGUUCCCUUCCAUUAAGCCAUUUGUUUGCAGAUGCUACGGGGUUGUUCUCACUUUCUUGAUGCCGA